CGAGGUGAUAGGAAUUGCCCAAAGUCACAAACUAGUCUAUAGCCACCACCAUGAGGAUAGCCAUCAUCGGUCAGAGCCUGUUUGGCCAAGAAGUUUAUUCCCGACUCCGGAAGGAAGGCCACCAGGUGGUGGGAGUAUUCACCAUUCCUGAUAAGGAUGGGAAAGCAGACCCACUGGCCCUGGAGGCAGAGAAGGACCACGUACCAGUGUUUAAGUUUCCUCGGUGGAGGUUGAAAGGGAAGGCCCUGCCAGAGGUGGUAGAACAAUACAAGUCUUUGGGAGCCCAGUUGAAUGUCCUGCCCUUCUGCAGUCAAUUCAUCCCCAUGGAGGUCAUCAAUGCACCUGAACACGGCUCCAUCAUCUACCAUCCAUCACUCUUGCCCCGGCAUCGUGGAGCUUCAGCCAUCAAUUGGACCCUGAUCCAUGGGGAUAAGAAAGGAGGCUUUACUGUCUUCUGGGCAGAUGACGGCUUGGACACAGGAGACAUCCUACUCCAGAAAGAGUGUGACGUUCUGCCUGAUGACACUGUGACCUCACUCUACAAUCGGUUCCUUUUCCCUGAAGGAGUCAAUGGAAUGGUGGAGGCAGUAAGACUAAUUGCUGAGGGAAAAGCCCCCAAAAUACGUCAACCUGAAGAGGGGGCAACAUAUGAAGGAAUACAGAAGAAGGAAAAUGCCAAGAUCAACUGGGACCAGCCAGCGGAAGCCAUCCACAACUGGAUUAGAGGAAAUGACAAGGUUCCAGGAGCCUGGACAGAAGCUAAUGGGCAGAUGCUGACAUUUUUUGGAUCAACCCUUAAUGACAAUGGUCUUGUGCCAGAGGGAGACACGCUGGACAUCCCUGGAGCGAGUCAGCCAGGCAUUGUCACCAAAGUGGGACUUGUCCUCUUUGGAAAUGAUGGCAAAAUGCUGGUGGUGAAAAAUAUACAGCUAGAAGAUGGCAAAAUGAUCCCAGCAUCUCACUUCUUCAAAUCAGCAGAUAGUACUACCCUGGAGCUGACUGAAGAGGAACUGGCCACUGCAGAGACCAUUCGGGAUGCUUGGCAGAGGAUUUUGCCCAAUGUUGCCAAGAUUGAAAGCUCCACUGAUUUCUUCAAAUCAGGAGCAGCAUCUGUGGAUGUUGUGAGGCUUAUAGAAGAAGUGAAAUUGCAAUGCAAUGGCCUGGAAUUAGAGAAUGAAGAUGUUUACAUGGCAACUACCUUUGGGGACUUCAUCCAGAUGCUGAUUAGAAAACUGAGAGGAGAAGAUGGCGAGGAAGAACAAGCCAUAGACUAUGUGGAGAAGUCCAUCAACAACCUGACCAUUCGUAUGCCUCACCAACUCUUCAUCAAGGGGAUGUUUGUGGAUGCCGAAGGAGCUAAGACCUACGAAACCAUCAACCCAACAGAUGGGACCGCCAUCUGCAAAGUGUCGCUCGCCCAGCUCUCUGAUGUUGACCAAGCCGUAGCUGCAGCCAAAGAUGCCUUCGAGAAUGGAGUGUGGGGGAAGAUAAACGCCAGAGAUAGGGGACGGCUCCUAUACAAGUUAGCUGAUCUCAUGGAGAAACAUCAGGAAGAGCUGGCCACCAUCGAAGCUAUCGACUCGGGUGCAGUGUACACGUUGGCUCUGAAGACACAUGUGGGCAUGUCCAUCCAAACAUUCCGCUAUUUUGCAGGCUGGUGUGACAAAAUUCAGGGUACCACCAUCCCCAUUAACCAAGCAAGGCCUAACCGGAACCUGACUUUCACCAAGAAAGAACCAGUUGGGGUCUGUGGCAUUGUCAUUCCCUGGAAUUAUCCCCUAAUGAUGCUCUCUUGGAAGACUGCUGCCUGUCUGGCUGCUGGGAACACUCUGGUCAUCAAGCCAGCACAGGUGACACCACUGACUGCCUUGAAAUUUGCAGAGCUGACUGUGAAAGCUGGAAUUCCCAAAGGCGUGGUGAAUGUUCUACCUGGAUCAGGUUCCUUGGUUGGGCAGAGGUUAUCAGAUCAUCCAGAUGUGAGGAAAAUUGGGUUCACAGGCUCCACGGAGAUUGGAAAGCACAUCAUGAAGAGACCUAUUGUGAGCAUCAAAUGGGAAAACACGUUAUAUCUGUCAAAUCUCAUGAAGGUAGAAGAAGUAAAAAAGCUGAAGAUUGGCGAUCCCUUGGACCGGGCCACAAAUCAUGGCCCUCAGAAUCACCACGCCCAUUUACAAAAGCUAAUCGAAUACUGCCAAAAAGGAGUGAAAGAAGGAGCUACCCUGGUCUAUGGAGGAAAACAAGUUUCUCGACCAGGGUUUUUCUUUGAACCAACCAUAUUUACCAAUGUGGAAGAUCACAUGUUUGUGGCUCAGGAAGAAUCUUUUGGGCCCAUCAUGAUCAUCUCCAGAUUCCCUGAUGGGGACAUCGAUGGUGUGCUACAGCGAGCCAAUGCUACAGAGUUUGGACUGGCAUCAGGAGUCUUUACCCAGAAUAUUAACAAAGCCCUGUAUGUCAGUGAUAAGCUUCAGGCAGGCACUGUGUUCAUCAAUACCUACAACAAGACAGAUGUGGCAGCCCCAUUUGGAGGGUUCAAGCAGUCUGGAUUCGGAAAGGAUUUAGGUGAAGCAGCUCUCAAUGAAUACCUGAAGAUCAAGACAGUCACUUUUGAGUACUGAGAAGAAAGCUCUAAGUGAGGGGGAAGACCCAGACCCAGAGUUGAGUGAAUCCCACUCCCUUCCGUGUUCUCCCAUCCUUCCUAAUAUGAGUCCCAGCUCAGCAUUCCCCUGGAGGGGAAGACAAAGAACAAUGACUUUUAGUCACCUACAUAAUAUGAAGGCUUCUUUACCCUGGAUCUUCCCUUACCACUGGAGAAACACAACCCAUUUUUCACAUAGAAUGCUGCCCCAAUUCAGAGGACAAACCCGAAAUUUGUUAGAAAUUGGAGUACCACCCAGCCCUCUCGCUCUUGAUAAGGGGGAGAGGGUUAAAAGUAAAUUACCAUCUUUCUUCCUACCAUUUCUGGGUACCACCCAUGGUAAAACGGCAUUCUGCCUUCUAAGAGAUCAACCAAUACUCAUCACUAGUAUACACUUGAGACAGCUAGGUGGCUCAGCGGAUAGAGCACUGGGCCAGGAAUUAGGAAGACUUGAGGUCAAAUUUAGCCUCA